AAAAUAUUUAUAUAUUAACAUAUAUAUACAAAAUAAACUUACGUACAUACACACAUAACUCAUAUAUAUAUACUGACAUAUAAAUCAAUAUAUUAAAUUUGUCCUAAAAAGGUCAAUUCACCCAUAUACAAAUAUAAAACCUUGAUACCAUUUGAAUAUUACAAAAAAAAAAGAAAACACUCGAAUAAAAGAAAAUAACAAUGGCAUCUUCAGUAAUGAGAACAUUUGUAAGACGAAUGUCAACUAAAAAAGAAAUUGAACAUAUAACUGUUAUUGGUGGAGGUCUAAUGGGAGCUGGUAUAGCACAGGUAGCUGCAGCAUCUGGUUAUAAGGUUUCAUUAGUUGAAUUAAAUCAAGAAGUUUUAGCAAAAUCACAAAAUAAUAUUAAAAAAGGAUUAUUACGCGCUGGACGUCGCCGUUUUAAGGAUAAUGAAGAUGCUCAACAAAAAUAUGCUGAAAGUAUCUUUAAACAAAUUGAAGGUACAUCAGAUUUAAAAGAUGGCGUCAAAAAGACUGAUUUUGUUAUUGAAGCUAUUGUUGAGAAUCUACAAAAAAAACAUGAAUUAUUUGAACAAAUUGAAAAGUUGGCACCGGAACAUGCAAUAAUGACAAGUAAUACAUCAUCAUUGUCAAUAACAGAUAUUGCACAAGCAUCAAAAAGAAAGGAUCGUUUUGCUGGUAUGCAUUUCUUUCAUCCAGUUCAAGUAAUGAAAUUAUUAGAGGUUGUACGUCUUCCUGAUACAACAGAUGAUACACAUAAAACUGUAUUAGCUGUUGGUGAAUCAAUGGGAAAAACAUGUAUUACAUGUAAAGAUACACCCGGAUUUGUUGUAAAUCGUUUAUUAGUUCCAUAUUUAGCUGAAGCAAUACGUAUGUUAGAACGUGGUGAUGCAUCAGCACGUGAUAUUGAUACAGCUAUGAAAUUGGGAGCAGGUCAUCCAAUGGGACCAAUUGAAUUAGCUGAUUAUAUUGGUUUAGAUACACAAAGAUUUAUAUUACAUGGUUGGAAUGAAAAAUAUCCUGAUAAUCCAUUAUUUAAACCAAUUAAAUUGGUUGAAAAAUUAAGUGAUGAAAAGAAAUUUGGCCGAAAAUCUGGUGAAGGAUUCUAUAAAUAUUCAAAUCAUUAAGAAGAAAAUCAUUUGAAUGUUAAUUUAUGAUGGUCAAUAUAAUGAGAAUAAUUUGAAUUCUCUGUGUUUUUUAUUUCUAUUGAGUUUGAAAGUUAUUUGCAUUAUUAUUAUAUAAGUAAAAAGAAAAACGAAAAACACAACUAUUAAUUGAUAAAAAAAAAAAUGUAAAAAUAUUAUAAAAAUAAAUUUAAAAUUUUGUCAAAUUACUCUUAAAUAAAAUAAAUUUUUAAUUAUUGUUUUUGUUAUUUUUAUUUUAAUAAUUUAUAUAUAAAAAAUAAAGAAAUUUCAAAGAUAAAUGUAAUUGUAUUUUGAAGUAAAUUUUUCGCUGAUGCUACUAUUGAAACCUUAA